UCCUCUCAACAAACCCCAUUUCAAUUCAAUAGUCCAAUUUCUGAAAUCGGGUUCAAGCCCAAUCCGAUCGCCAUCCUCCAACAAACGUUUCUGGAUCUGGAUCACCAUUGCAGGCUGCAGCUUGGAUUUUAGGUGAUUGCUUUUCUUCCCGAAAUGGAUACUCCUAUGGAAAGUAAUGCACUGGUUAACAUAGAGAUGCAGCCAGAAUAUUUUGACACACCAAUGAAUGAUGUGGAAACACAACCUACCAAAAAUAGAAAGAAGAAGUCUAUAGUUUGGGAAUACUUCACUAUUGAAAAUGUGGGUGCAGGAUGUAGAAGGGCCUGCUGUAUGCAAUGCAAGCAAUCCUUUGCAUACAGCACGGGUACCAAAGUCGCGGGCACCAGUCACCUCAAACGCCAUAUCGCUAAGGGAGGUUGCCCUGUUGUUCUUCGUAAUCGCGGGCAAGAUGCAUUAACCCCAUUUAGCGCACCUUCAAAGAUGGCUGUUAACUCUGGGGGUCCCAUUACGCCUAAACGGCGUUACAGAACCAGCGUUGUGCCUUAUUCCACAUUCGACCCCGAUAGGUGCCGCCAAGAAAUGGCAAGAAUGAUCAUUCUGCAUGACUAUCCACUUCACAUGGUUGAACACCCAGGGUUCAUGGCUUUUGUGCAUAACCUUCAGCCUAGUUUCAAUAUGGUCAACUUCAAUACAGUUCAAGGUGAUUGUGUAGCAACUUAUCUGAGAGAAAAACAGAGUAUUCAGAAAUUGAUUGAAGGAAUGCCGGGCCGGAUUUGCCUUACCCUUGACCUUUGGAAUUCAUACCAUACAACCGGUUAUGUCUUUGUCACUGCACAAUUCAUCGAUAGCGAGUGGAAGAUGCAUAGGAGACUAUUAAACGUUGUGAUGGAGCCAUAUCCCGAGUCGGAUUCGGCUUUCAGCCAUGCCGUUUCCACCUGUCUCAACGAUUGGAACAUGGAGGGAAGAUUAUUCUCGCUCACAAUAAACCAGCCGUUGAGUGAAGUCGGGAUCAACAGUCUCAGAAGUCUGCUUUCCGAGAAAAACCCAAACAUUCUUGGUGGUCAAUUGUUGCUCAGAAACUGUCUUGCUCGUUCUUUAAGCUGUAUUGCACAAGAAGCGCUAAAGGAGGGACAAGAAACAGUCAAGAAAGUCAGAGACUGUGUGAAGUAUGUGAAAACAUCGGAAUCGUUAGAGGAGAAAUUUCUCACCCUCAAACAACAACUUCAAGUACUCAGUACCAAGACUUUAUCACUCGAUGAUCAGACUCGGUGGAAUACAACUUACGAAAUGUUACUCGCAGCCUCGGAGUUGAAAGAAGUGUUUUCUUGCUUAGAUACUUUAGAUCCCGAUUACAGUAAAGGCCCAACCGGUGAAGAAUGGAAGCUUGUAGACAAUCUUUGUGCCUAUCUGAAGCUACUUUUCAACACUGCGAAGCUGCUGACAUCAUCGACUACACCAACGACUAAUACCUUCUUUCACGAAGCAUGGAAGCUUCAGUUGGAGCUAUCACGGGCAUUCACAUGUGAAGAUGAAGCCAUCCGCAGACUGACCAAGCCAAUGCAAGAAAGUUUCGAUCACUACUGGAAAAACUGCUGUUUGAUCUUAGCGAUUGCAGUGGUUAUGGACCCACGAUUCAAGAUGAAGCUGGUUGAAUUCAGUUUCACAAAGAUCUACGGUGAUGAAGCUGCAUCUUACAUCAAGAUCGUGGAUGAAGGAAUUCAUGAGCUUUUCUUAGAGUAUGUAGCGCUUCCAUUGCCGUUGCCAUUGCCACUCACCCAUGGUUUUGUUGAAGCAGCAAAUGGUGAAUCUGAAGACCAAAAACAAGAAGAUGGCUUAAACAAUGGAGUCGGGCUUACGGAUUUCGAUGUUUAUAUCAUGGAGAGUACGAGUCAACAAUCGAAAUCAGAGCUGGAUCAGUAUUUGGAAGAGUCUCUGUUGCCUAGAAUCCAUGAAUUUGAUGUUAUGGGAUGGUGGAAACUGAACAAAUCCAAGUACCCAACUCUAUCGAAGAUGGCUCAUGAUAUCUUGACGAUCCCUGUCUCGACUGCUGCUCCUGAGUCGGUUUUUGAGACGGGUAUGAAAGAGAUGGACCGUUAUAGGUGCUCUUUGAGGCCGGAGACGGUGGAGGCGCUAUUCUGUGCCAAGGACUGGCUUCGAUGUGAACCAAUGGAGACUAUGGAUUCACUUGUGAAGAUGGAAUUUCCAAUUUAGUUUGGUAUUUAUAGUUUUUAUCUUUGUUUAGGUUGUGUUAAUUUGUGCAUGAUGUGGGCAAUAAAUAGGGGUUUUGCUUUAGUUGUAUUUAUUUUAUAGUCAUAGACUUGAAUUCAAUCCAGAUUUGUGAAGCUUAUGACACUGUCUUUAUUUGUGCAUCAUAA